GGCCAAAGUCAUUUAGGUGUUUCUCUUGAUCACAGGCAGAAUGGAAGUGGGCUUCACUGGAAAAGAAGCUUACCGGCAGCAUUUUGAUCCCAAGGCUUUUUUCAAUAUCUACAUGCCUUGUGGCUCCUCGCAAACCUGCGAGCCGGCGACUACGUUCCUCCAGGAAAAGCUCCACAAGGCCUUCCGUGUGGAUGGCAUCCGAGGAGACACCCUGAUUGACAUCGGCAGUGGUCCCUCCAUCUACCAACUGUUGUCUGCUUGCGAGUCCUUCAGGGAGAUCAUCGUCACCGAUUUCCUUGAGCAGAAUCGGGUGGAGAUACGGAAGUGGCUGGAGAAGGACCCGGAAGCCUUCGACUGGACCUCCAUGGUGAAAUACACCUGCCAGAUGGAGGGAGACAGGGAGAAGUGGAUGGAAAAGGAGGAGAAGCUCAGGAGGACCAUCAAGCAAGUUCUACCAUGCGAUGUGACCCUGGCCAACCCCUUGGAUCCUUUGGUGCUCCAGCCGGUCGACUGUGUCCUCUCCUCUUACUGUCUGGAAUCGGCUUGCAAUGAUGUUCCCACUUACCGUUCAGCUGUGAAGAACGUGGGCUCCUUGGUCAAACCCGGGGGACACCUCAUCUUUGCGGUGGUUUUGGAGGAAACCUACUACAUGGUUGGCCCACACAAGUUCGAUUGUCUUUACCUGACACCAGAAAUUGUUACAGAUGCUGUGAAAGGGGCUGGCUUUGAAGUCCUGUGGCCUCAGAGCCUUAGGCUCACCUUUCCCCUGAGCAUCAGUGAUGCCAAAGGCAUGUUUUUCAUAGUGGCCAAGAAACCCAGCGAAUCCCAGUGAGUUAAUGGGGGAAAGAACCAAUGCCGACCAUAGGAACCCCAUAAAUGAAGCUCAUUCUCCAGAUCUUUGAGCUCUAGAUCAGAAACACACCUCGAUUUUCAAAACCCUGAAACCCAAAAAAAAGUAUUUACAAUAUUAUAUCAAUCUAAUGUGCAUCCUAAUUUGGGCAACAAAACAUGAGCAUUAGAUUUGACUAAAUAUAGUAUGUCAUUCUAUGCCAAGCUGGCUGAUGGAUCCCAUCUCUGGAACUUAGUGAAGUUUUGCCUCGGUCCUAAUGGAGUUAUCCCAGGUUCUGAAAUGGUCCCAGGACCUUGGAGAGCUCUUUUAAAACCAGGCAAAACCUGGAAGGGAUUCACCCAUAUUUACUCGAAUGAAAUGCUCCAUUUUCAAAAUCCUGAAACCUAAAAAAGUAUUUAGAAUAUUAUAUGAAUCUAAUGAGCACCCCAAUUUGGUCAAAAAAAAUGAGCAUUAGAUUUGAGUAAGUACAGUUUGUCAUUCUAUGCCUGGCUGGUGGAUCCCAUCUCUGGAACUUAGUGAAGUUUUUUCUCGGUCCUAAUGGAGUUAUUCCAGGUGCUGAAAUGGUCCCAGGACCUUGGAGAGCUCUUUUAAAACCAGGCAAAACCUGGAAGGGAUUCACCCAUAUUUACUCGAAUGAAAUGCUCCAUUUUCAAAAUCCUGAAACCUAAAAAAGUAUUUAGAAUAUUAUAUUAAUCUAAUGAGCACCCCAAUUUGGUCAAAAAAACAUGAGCAUUAGAUUUGAGUAAAUACAGUUUGUCAUUCUAUGCCUGGCUGGUGGAUCCCAUCUCUGGAACUUAGUGAAGUUUUUUCUCGGUCCUAAUAGAGUUAUUCCAGAUGCUGAAAUGGUCCCAGGACCUUGGAGAGCUCUUUUAAAACCGGGCAAAACCUGGAAGGGAUUCAGCCUUAUUUACUCAAAUGUAAUGCUCUAUUUUCAAAAUCCUGAAAUCCAAAAAAGUAUUUAGAAUAUUAUAUGAAUUUAAUGAGCGCCCUAAAUUGGUCAAAAAAAAUAUGAGCAUUAGAUUUGAGUAAAUACAGUAUGUCAUUCUAUGCCAAGAUGGCUGGUGGAUCCCAUCUCUGGAACUUAGUGAAGUUUUGCCUCAGUCCUAAUGCAGUUAUUCCAGGUGCUGAAAUUGUUUCAGCACCAUGGAGAGCUCUUUUAAAACUGGGCAAAACCUGGAAGAGAUUCAGCCUUAUUUACUCGAAUGUAAUGCUCCAUUUUCAAAACCCUGAAACCCAAAAAAGUAUUUAGAAUAUUAUAUCAAUAAAAUGAGCACCCUAAUUUGGUCAAAAAAACAUGAGCAUUAGAUUUAAGUAAAUACAGUAUGUCAUUCUAUGCCAAGAUGGCUGAUGGAUCCCAUCUCUGGAACUUAGUGAAAGUUUUGCCUCGGUCCUAAUGGAGUUAUCCCAGGUGCUGAAACAGUCCCAGGACCAUGGUGAGCUCUUUUAAAACCGGGCAAAACCUGGAAGGGAUUCACCCAUAUUUACUCGAAUGUAAUGCUCCGUUUUCAAAACCCUGAAACCCAAAAAAGUAUUUACAAUAUUAUAUCAAUCUAAUGUGCAUCCUAAUUUGGUCAAAAAAACAUGAGCAUUAGAUUUGAGUAAAUACAGUAUGUAAUUCUAUGCCAAAAUGGCUGAUGGAUCCCAUCUCUGGAACUUAGUGAAGUUUUGCCUCGGUCCUAAUGGAGUUAUCCCAGGUUCUGAAAUGGUUUCAGGACCAUGGAGAGAUCUUUUAAAACUGGGCAAAACCUGGAAGGGAUUCAGCCUUAUUUACUCGAAUGUAAUGCGCCAUUUUCAAAAUCCUGAAACCCAAAAAAAGUAUUUAGAAUAUUAUAUGAAUCUAAUGAGAACCCCAAUUUGGUCAAAAAAACAUGAGCAUUAGAUUUGAGUAAGUACAGUUUGUCAUUCUGUGCCAAGAUGGCUGAUGGAUCCCAUCUCUGGAACUUAGUGAAAUUUUGCCUCGGUCCUAAUGGAGUUAUCCCAGGUGCUGAAAUGGUUUCAGGACCAUGGAGAGAUCUUUUAAAACCGGGCAAAACCUGGAAGGGAUUCAACCUUACUUACUCGAAUGUAAUGCUCCAUUUUCAAAAUCCUAAAACCCAAAAAAGUAUUUAGAAUAUUAUAUGAAUCUAAUGAGCACCCCAAUUUGGUCAAAAAAACAUGAGCAUUAGAUUCGAGUAAAUACAGUAUGUCAUUCUAUGCCAAGAUAGCUGAUGGAUCCCAUCUCUGGAACUUAAUGAAGUUUUGCCUUGGUCCUAAUGGAAUUACAGUAGAGUCUCACUUAUCCAACGUUCUGGUUUAUCCAACGCAUUUUUGUAGUCAAUGUUUUCAAUAUAUCGUGAUAUUUUGGUGCUAAAUUCGUAAAUACAGUAAUUACUACAUAACAUUACUGCGUAUUGAACUACUUUUUCUGUCAAAUUUGUUGUAUAACAUGAUGUUUUGGUGCUGAAUUUGUAAAAUCAUAACCUAAUUUGAUGUUUAAUAGGCUUUAUCUUAAUGCCCCCUUAUUAUCCAACAUAUUCGCUUAUCCAAUGUUCUGCCGGCCCGUUUAUGUUGGAUAAGUGAGACUCUACUGUAUCCCAGGUGCUGAAAUGGUUGCAGGACCUUGGAGAGAUCUUUUAAAACCGGGCAAAACCUGGAAGGGAUUCAGCCUUAUUUACUCGAAUGUAAUGCUCAUUUUCAAAACCCUGAAACCCACAAAAGCCUUUACCAUAUUACACACAUCUAAUGCACAACCUAGUUUUGCGAAGGUAAUUUGGUCAAAGAGGCCCAGUGCCUCUGCAUGUCAACAGAACUUAAUUCAUUGCCUUGAGCAGAAAAAAAAUGAUCCAAACAAGGAAGGAAAGAGGAUGGUAUAUGAUGGCUGCCUUUGCAUUUCCACCCAUUAAUAAUAGUAAAAAAGGGGAUUCAUGAGUGUCAGAGUGUCCUCCGAAGAUUCACACUCAAGCAGGCUCACCAAAACAGCGGGUCCCGUCUCUGGUCACAGUCGCAGCUCCAACUUUCUCUCCACUCCAAACUCCAGUCCAGUCUGGAAUCAGGGCCAGUCUAGGAUACUGGGAUCUGGGAUCUAGUCCAGUCUAGGAUCUGGGCCCAUAACCAAAUGUCAGAGUAAUUUAAGCAGCGCAGCAGCAGUUGGAUGGAGUCAGUGGAACGCAGCACGAAGAGACAUCAGAGUGAUUUUUUUAAUCUCAUGCUCCAUCGCUAUAGAUUUGGGGGAUUUGUAGCUUACUUCCUUUUGAUGUGUCGCUUCAAAGCUUUAGAGAAAGAGGAUUUUCCAAUAAAGGUCCUUCCUGUGCCAAUCUCA